UUGCAAGUAUAAUUAUGGUGAGACCAGUUUGCAAUUGUUGCAUAUAUACACCAACCCUGUUAAAUAUACUUUUUUUUUACCCGCUAGACUUUUAAGAAGUCCAAGUCUGGCAGUGGGCUAUUACUACCUAGUACCUAUUCUCACUUAAUUAAUUUUGCCCCACUGAAAAGUAAAUAAGAGCGCAUCGCAAUAAUUGCGAAGCGCAUAUGUUAUGACGUGUUUAAUUAUUAAACAUGUCCUUUGAUGAAGCUUAUAGACAGUGGUAAGUGCACUGUGUUUGUGGUUAAGCUAUACUCAACAAUUAUAUGUUUAUGCUAAUAUAGAUCUACAGGUUCUACACCACAAUCUAAGGCCACAACAAGAGGUAGUUCUGUUUCUGGUCAGGUUACUUCCCUGAUAUAAGGGUGCAAAGUUUUAAAUGAUGUUUUAUCUUGCUCGCACGCACAUGCACAUGCCCACAAGACUAAACACACUUUCACUGAGUUAAUUAUAGGGUGACACUCAGUUUGCAAUAUGUGAGAACCCAUUCAGUUUGACCGUAUACACAACACCACUAGCUCAGCUCGGACAAUACUAGGCAUUGUCCUGUACAAGUUAUAAAAGUCUUCUACUCUCACACACACACACACACUGACUUGACCAUCACUUUUGCAAACAUGGCGUCCAUUAUGAUGUUGAUUGCAGUUGUGCUGUCCUUUGUGUAUCUGAGCUCUGCUACCUACCUUUCUCCCUGUGGCCCCCCUGAUACUCCAGAUUACGGAAGUUUCUACCCUCAGAAAAACUUCUACUCAAUUGGAACUGUUGUUAGGUUCUCUUGCAGAGAUGGCUUUUUGCUGAAAGGAUACAGUUUUACCAAAUGUAUCUACAGCCGGAGCCUAAGAAAGGCAGUGUGGAAGUUUGACACUCCAGUUUGCGGCAAGCGUAUCACGUGUCCUGACCUUAUCGAUCCCCAAUAUGGAGAUGUAGACGUGACUGGAAAUACACCUGGAUCAAAGGCAACCUAUACCUGUGGCAGACAUUUCACCCUCGUAGGCAGCUCUACAGCAAAAUGCCAGCUCAACGGGAAAUGGUCCCAUGUUCCACCUGUUUGUAAAUCACUCUUCUGCCCUAAACUGGCUCCCCCUGCAUAUGGUACUGUGAAUGAUGGUAACAAUCGUGCCGGAACCAAGGCAGUGUACACCUGUGACUAUGGAUUCAAGUUGGUGGGAUCCAGCAAGAGACUCUGUCAGAAUUACGGCAGCUGGGCUGGGGAGGCACCUAUCUGCGAACAGAUCGAAUGCCCUGCAUUGAAGGAUCCAGAGAAUGGAUCUGUGGAUGAUGGAGACAAUCUGCCAGGAACCAUAGCAAAGUACACAUGUGACUAUGGAUUCAAGUUGGUGGGAUCCAGCAAGAGACUCUGUCAGAAUUAUGCCAGCUGGGCUGGGGAGGCACCUAUCUGCAAACAGAUCGAAUGCCCUGUAUUGAAGGAUCCAGAGAACGGAUCUGUGGAUGAUGGACACAAUCUGCCAGGAACCAUAGCAAAGUACACCUGUGACUAUGGAUUCAAGUUGGUGGGAUCCAGCAAGAGAAUCUGUCAGAAUUAUGGCAGCUGGGCUGGGGAGGCACCUAUCUGCAAACAGAUCAAAUGCCCUGUAUUGAAGGAUCCAGAGAACGGAUCUGUAGAUGAUGGAGACAAUCUGCCAGGAACCAUACCAAAGUACACCUGUGACUAUGGAUUCAAGUUGGUGGGAUCCAGCAAGAGACUCUGUCAGAAUUAUGGCAGCUGGGCUGGGGAGGCACCUAUCUGCAAACAGAUCGAAUGCCCUGUAUUGAAGGAUCCAGAGAACGGAUCUGUGGAUUAUGGAGACAAUCUGCCAGGAACCAUAGCAAAGUACACCUGUGACUACUACGGAUUCAGAUUGGUGGGAUCCAACAAGAGACUCUGUCAGAAGUACGGCAGCUGGGCUGGGGAGGCACCUAUCUGCGAACAGAUCAAAUGCCCUGCAUUGAAGGCUCCAGAGAACGGAUAUGUGGAUGAUGGAGACAAUCUGCCAGGAACCAUAGUAAAGUACACCUGUGACUAUGGAUUCAAGUUGGUGGGAUCCAGCAAGAGACUCUGUCAGAAUUAUGGCAGCUGGGCUGGGGAGGCACCUAUCUGCAAACAGAUCGAAUGCCCUGUAUUGAAGGAUCCAGAGAACGGAUCUGUGGAUGAUGGAGACAAUCUGCCAGGAACCAUAGCAAAGUACACCUGUGACUAUGGAUUCAAGUUGGUGGGCUCCAGCAAGAGAAUCUGUCAGAAUUAUGGCAGCUGGGCUGGGGAGGCACCUAUCUGCGAACAGAUCGAAUGCCCUGUAUUGAAGGAUCCAGAGAACGGAUCUGUAGAUGAUGGAGACAAUCUGCCAGGAACCAUAGCAAAGUACACCUGUGACUAUGGAUUCAAGUUGGUGGGAUCCAGCAAGAGACUCUGUCAGAAUUAUGGCAGCUGGGCUGGGGAGGCACCUAUCUGCAAACAGAUCGAAUGCCCUGUAUUGAAGGAUCCAGAGAACGGAUCUGUGGAUGAUGGAGACAAUCUGCCAGGAACCAUAGCAAAGUACACCUGUGACUACUACGGAUUCAGAUUGGUGGGAUCCAACAAGAGACUCUGUCAGAAGUACGGCAGCUGGGCUGGGGAGGCACCUAUCUGUGAACAGAUCAAAUGCCCUGCAUUGAAGGCUCCAGAGAACGGAUAUAUGGAUGAUGGAGACAAUCUGCCAGGAACCAUAGCAAAGUACACCUGUGACUAUGGAUUCAAGUUGGUGGGAUCCAGCAAGAGACUCUGUCAGAAUUAUGGCAGCUGGGCUGGGGAAGCACCUAUCUGCGAACAGAUCGAAUGCCCUGCAUUGAAGGAUCCAGAGAACGGAUCUGUGGAUGAUGGAGACAAUCUGCCAGGAACCAUAGCAAAGUACACCUGUGACUACUACGGAUUCAGAUUGGUGGGAUCCAACAAGAGACUCUGUCAGAAGUACGGCAGUUGGGCUGGGGAGGCACCUAUCUGCGAACAGAUCAAAUGCCCUGCAUUGAAGGCUCCAGAGAACGGAUAUGUGGAUGAUGGAGACAAUCUGCCAGGAACCAUAGCAAAGUACACCUGUUACUAUGGAUUCAAGUUGGUGGGAUCCAGCAAGAGACUCUGUCAGAAUUAUGGCAGCUGGGCUGGGGAUGCACCUAUCUGCGAACAGAUCGAAUGCCCUGCAUUGAAGGAUCCAGAGAACGGAUCUGUGGAUGACGGAGACAAUCUGCCAGGAACCAUAGCAAAGUACACCUGUAACUAUGGGUUCAGGUUGGUGGGAUCCAGCAAGAGACUCUGUCAGAAGGACGGCAGCUGGGCUGGAGAGGUACCUAUCUGCAAAGCUAUCAUCUGUCCUAAGCUGGAUGACCCUGAGUAUGGUCAGGUGACAGUCACUGGUCUAACUCCGUCCUCCACUGCCGAAUAUUCCUGUAACAAGGGAUUCACAUUGUUUGGAACGACGAGGACGUGCCAGGCCAACGGAGAGUGGUCUGGAAAAGCACCUCUUUGUAAACGUGUGGACUGUGGCCGUCCACCCAAGCCAAGCUACGGAAUUGUCAAGUUCUGGACCACUACACCUGGUUCCAAAGCAUUCUACGGCUGUUUUAAUGGCUACCAGCUGAGUGGUUAUGCAGUCCGAUUUUGCCAGGGUAACGGUUACUGGUCUGGACGUACUCCAUCAUGUACGAGGAGGCAUUAUUAGGACCUGCGAUCUACUGAACCACAUAUAAGAACUAUAAAAAUGAACUUUAAGAACAUAGUAUAUUAUAAUUAUAGCUGCAUGGUAAACAAUCUUUUGCUGUAUGAAAAACUGCAUUAAAUGUUCAUGAAUCUGA